GAUCGGGAUCGGGAUCGGGAUCGGGAACCGGGAGUCGGCGCCCCGAGAUGCAGAUGGAUAAUUGGAUAUGUAAUACCUGUGUUCAGAAGCCAUGAAUUCCAGAAAAUUACUCUCAGAAACACGGAGAACUUUUCCUGCUCCUAAAGCCCACUGCCAGCAGCCAUCGCGGAUUCUCGUUGUGGACGUCACGUCCCCUUCCUGGGCCAAUACUUGCUCUGUGCUCUGCGAGGCUCUGGAAAACACGCUGUGCCUGGCAUGUGGCUUGGCAGGGCCCUGCCGUGUGCCCCUGCUGAGCCUCUACGUGGUGCAGCCCCAGCAGGAGUGUCUGCUGCCCUUCACGCAAGUGAAAGAAAACUUUGCGCGAAUUCAAGCCUGCAUUUCGGAGCUGCGUUUGCUCCCAGCAGAAGGCUCUUUCCCACAGGGGGGAAGUGGAGUGGUACAAGCUGUGCAGGAUGGAUUGCAGCAAUUCAAACAAUACAGCAGACACACAGCAGCAGGAGGCUCAACAAACAGUUCUGUUGAGAUCACAGUUCUGACUAGCCAGUCCAGCAAAGAAAUGGUAAAACAGCUGGAAAAGAAGUUAAAAGAUGUAGACCUUGUGAGUCUGCGAAGACUACAAGUCAUUGAGGUUUUGAAGAGAGACUUCCUGGAGCCCGAGGAUGUGGAGCAGUGUGUGCCAGCAGAAGAGCCCAGCAGCAGUGAUAUUGCAAUCCUGGGAAUGGACAUUGAUGUGCAAACCGUAGAGGACAAUGUCAUCAGCUUGGAGAUGCUGUUUAAAACAUGGCUCCAUGACUAUGGCACGGAGAGGGAACAGCUCCAUCUCCUCCUUCCACUGGGAGGUUUCAGCCAUGCUGCUGCACCCAAGAGCACCAUAAUGUGCCUGAAGUGCGACUUGCAGGAGAGACUGCUCGACCCAGCUCUGCUUUCGGGGCCGGCUGACGGCACUGGGAGAGCAGCAGAUCCCAGUUCUCCCUGGCACGUGGCAGCCUGGCCAGCCACAGGGCUGCACAAACUCCGGGUGGUAAAGGCUCUGAAGUCUGAAGGUGUCUGUGAGUCUGUACUGUAUGGCCUGCCCUUCAUCAUCAAGCCCACGAGCUGCUGGCAGCUGGACUGGGAUGAACUGGAAACAAACCAGCACAGCUUCCAUGCUUUAUGUCAUAGUCUUCUGCAAAGGAAGUGGAUGCUUUUGGCCAGGCACGAACCUCAGAACACCAAUCCAAACUGGAACACUGUGGUGCAUUCCUAUUAUGUCAUCGUCCCUUCCGACUCUGCCACUCUACUUGUCAAAGCAGUCGCCAUCAGGGAGCUCCUGCUGCCUUCAGCCUUCCCAGCCCUCCUUGCUGAGCACCCCGAGCACAUCCGUGGCCCCAUAGAGAGUGCCCUGAACAACUUGGAAGUGGAAGUUGCUUAUAACCCCUUACACCUAAAAAGCAACCUCUACAAAUACCUGAAGAGUUCGUUGUACAAACCUCCACAUCGGCAGCAGGCCCAGCCCCGGGAGCAGCGCCCGGAGCGGCAUCAGCCCAAGCAGUUUUGUUCGUCACCGAGUCAGUCUACAGGAAGUUUCUGCUCUGGGACCCUCUGUCCAGAGAUCCAGCUAUCCCCCACAACACCACGUAUUUCCUGUUCUUGUCUGCACACAUCACAAGCAUGCCUCAAAUUUUGGUUUCUGAGACCGGGCUAACACAGGCCACAAACCACAGAUUGCUGCCAGCGGGUGCGGAGGAGCUGCAAGCAGGGUGGUGAGGAAAUCAGACAGACAAGGCAGGCAGUGACACCGAGCUGCCUUCAUCCUGCAGCAGCAGGUUCAGUGGGGUGCCUGGAAUUCCUUAAAGCCUGGAAUUCUGCCCUCCCAGGCACAGCAGUACCCAUGAUGAUGAUGAUUUGCUUGCUUCCGAGGCUGGCCUCGCUGUCCAACACCCCAGCCAGUGAAGGGGUUUGUAGCAAGUGCCAAGCCAGGGCUGGCUCCUGCACAGUGACAUCUCAUGCAGUUGGAACUGCAGCACAGCCCCAGCCCCAUCUCCUCCUCCUGGACCACCUGUGCCUAUGGGGCUGGUCCACGAGCCAACACAGCAAUACUUUUUGGCAGGGUUCAGAAGAUUCUCAGAUCAUAGUAUGACAUGGCAGGGGAAAAAUGCAGCACCACACUGGCCUAGAGCUUUUCAAGAGAGUUUCUGCCCAGUGCUGGCACACGUCAGCCUGGUUUUCAGUGCAGGUGUAGGGCAGCUGCCCCUGGCAGGGCAGAAGCUGAGGGCAGUUCAACCAAGCCAAGGUGGGGUGGUCUCUACCAGCCCCCAAUGCCAAGCACCAGCACGGUUUGUGUUCUACUUACUUUGUUCUGACAAGCUGUUUCAAAAUAAAGUUAUCCACCAUAAUGUUCA